AUGGAUAAGCCACUAGAGAACGAUCCGGCCGCCCAAGCGGGAGUUGGCGUCCGGCCCCGGGGGAUGUCUGCCCCGCCGCGCCUGGAAAACCCGGUGAGUGGAAUUUACCAACAGAGAAUUUAUAUCGAGCUAACAAGGCGUCAAGACUUAUACUCCGAAGGAAGAUGCGGGUUUUCGGGGCAUAGGCGGAACCACAGGCUCAGCCAACUUGGUUCCCGACCCUUUCCUGACUACUCCAACUGGGAAUCUCCACCCAAACUGCAAACGAAAGGCCCCGACUCUCUUUGGAAGGGGGAGACGACAAAUGAGGCCCGGAUUCGGAUUCUCGAGGCGCACGUCCUGGAUCUCAUCGAAGAGAACCGGACCGUUCAACGACACCUCCGUGCACAGGAGCAGACGACCAAUACCUCUUGCACUUCCCCAGUUCCUCGCAGCUCUACCAGCAACUCCGAUGAGGCAGUCAAGAGGUCAAUCAUGGCCUACGUCAAUAAUCGUCUUGAUCACGUACAACAGAGUUUCUGUGCACGGAUGGAUCGACGAGAUUAUUACGUGAAUGCCCAGAUCGGCCAGCUUGCAUUCUACGUUCGCAAUAUUGUGCAAGGGCUGGACAAUCUCAGCCAGUACGUAGCCAACUUGGUGCGGGACGUUCAGCGUUCCGUUACAGACACUGCAUGA